AUGACUCUCAAAGGCUGCUGGACGUGUCGAGAUCGCAAGAUCAAAUGCGAUCGUGCGCUGCCGGCAUGUACAAACUGCCGGCAGCGAAACGUGCCGUGUCCGGGGUACAGCAUCAGGCUGUCCUGGCCCCGGCCGGGAGACAAGCGAAGAGCCGUUGAGCUGAAGUCGACCGCGAAGCAAAAGAAGCACAUGUUAGCCUCGCUGUAUCAGCAUAGUCUGUUCUUGAAUGUGACAAGCUGGGAUGUAAACACGUUCUAUCAGCUGUCGGAAGCUAGAUCAGACAUGGAGAUUCCGAAAAUAUCUAUUCCGCCUGCGCUGCCCUCCAUUCCUUCAAUGAGGGUGCAUGAGAGCCAAUCUGGACUACUACAGUAUUUCAUGGACAUGGGUCCCCAGCUGUUAGUCAUGGAUAGCUCAGGAGACUUGACGGACUGGAUUCUGAGAUUGGCCUUCUAUGAUGCUACACCGGCGUCUAAUGCGGUAUUGCACAGCCUGCUGGCUUUAUCGUCUCUAAACCUCGGCCGAAAUAGUGUAGCGAUGAUGUACAAGAUUAUGGCGCUGUCAUACCUCCAACAGUCACUUCAGCUGGGAAACAUUGGCCAUCGAACUGCUCAGCACCUAAUGACUAGUAUGCUUCUGUACCUCUGUGAGACCUUUCAUAUCUCCAAUACGACGAAAGACUGGGCCGAAUACCUAUGUGGCGCCAAACAGAUUGUUUCCACGGGUGUAUUGGCCCGAGAGGUUCACAUAGAUGUUUCUUUACUCUUCGACUGGGUUUCCUAUCACGAGACCUUUGCUCGAUUCGGACUGGUCUACUGGAAGCCCGCAGUAGCCUUGAGGGGAUUGAGAUUUUGCGCCAUGAGCCCUGAGACUGCCCAAGUCUUUGCACCACGAAACGACUUUGUCUGCGACAGGGAUGUCCUUGGCUACACAUCAUCGAUAUUCUCCAGCCUCACGCCGCGGAUCAAGGAUAACAGCCACCUUUCCCAUCUGGAAACGCAGGAGCUCUACGCCCUGGAAGCAAAACUAAGAGGAGGCUUGAUGGACUUUAACCCACUCAACACAUUACCUGACGAAGCACCCAAAGAACGCGAUAGAAUAACGGAGCUGUACCGCCUCGCCGCUCUGAUCUACCUCAACCGCGCAGCACUGGGCUACUCGGGCGAGGAGCUACGGCACAGAAACCUCGUGAACAGAGGCUUGGACAUUUUGUGCGGAAAGCUGACCUCUACGCCUCCGUGGCCUGUCUUCAUGAUUGCUUGCGAAGCGAGGGACGAUGCUCAGCGGAUGACCGCGUUGGAGAUAUUGGAUAGGGCUGGGGAAGAGCCGCGGUCGUUUAACAUGAGGUUGAUACGGCAGCUUGUGGAGGCUUGCUGGAAUCAGGACGACUUGCAUGAGGACGAGCCGUUGGAUUAUCACACAAAGUUGCGUAUUGCUAUUCGGGCUGCUCCGUACGUUCCGCCUUUCAGCUAG